GGUUAGAUUUUUGUGUAAAACCAAUCAUUCCGACUCGUAACAGACAACAGAAUUGUUGUUUUCAAAAUUUGUCACAGUUUUUUCGGAGACAAACCUAUCAACAAACCAAACUUUAAAUUGAAUGUUAAAUAAUUAUAGUGAUUUAUAAUAAUGUAGCGGUGAAUAUGUUAGACCGAGCUUCAAAUUUCUAGUUGGUAAUAUAUGUGCCGGCGCAAAUUUUUGCCAACUGACGUAAUCAGGCCGUGACUACAACGUCUUGAUUAACGUGCAGGCGGCUUUCAACCAAAUUAAUUUCCCCUUCGAAAGGUUUUAAAUCUACGCGGUGGUGGUCUGGGGAACUUUCAAAAGUGCUGUGCAAUUUCCUGAGUGAUGGGAGUGAGGGAGAGUUAAUGUCCGCAUUUACGCAGUUUUCAGUGCUAUUUCGGAGGCCGGGGCGCUCGCUGGUGGAAGGCCGAUGUAAUUGGCGAAAUGAACGACCCGUGGGACGUGAAAUCCGUUCGGCAGUCGGGACAGUACGUGUCCUGUAUGAGGAUAAAUGGAGUGCCCCUUCUGCCGCCAGUCCUAUCCAAAGAGUGCCGUAAAGAAAUGCAGUACUACAAGCUUCUGGCCAAAGAAGUUGAGAAAAGAAUAUCACUACUGAAACCAUACAUCAUAGACACUGACUCGGACUCCAGUGAAGAUAAGACAGAUGCCCCAGAACUCCCAGAAAAUGAGCAAAGCUACGAGCUGCCCCAAGAAGAAAUACAAGCCGGCUUCAAUAUCAACAUUGACAAAAUAGUAGCAGUCACAAAUGAAACCACAUUAGAAAAGUCAAUUCUUAACUCACCACCACCCUGUUCUAUAACAACAGAUUUUUAUAACAAUAUAACUUCUAAUGUUACCGUCUCAAACACCAUAGCAACACCCACAGUCACAAGUUCUCCAAAGAAGUUUGUAAUUGAUUUAAGUCUAAGUAUUAAUGAAACCGGUAGGAAUGUUCUAGAAACUUUGAAGAAAAGUCCCCAGCAUUCCUCACCUCCAAUUGAUCUACCAGAAAGAGACUAUGAUAGCCCUAAAAAUGUUACUCAGAAAGAAGUUCUGACUGAUGUGGAGUCCUGCAAAAAGAGUUCUAAACAACAAAACAAGACAGAUGACAUUGUUAACUUUAGUUUUAGCAUUGAUAAAGACAUCCUCUCAGACCCAUUCCCUGACCUUUCUAUAAAUCAAGAUGGACCAUCAUCCCUCAGUUCCAAAAGCUUUACUGGCUCCCUCAUAGACAUACACACUGAAAGCAUGAAAGAAUCUCAAAUAGGCCCCCAGUUAAUAAGGCAAAGAUCUUACACUCUCCUAAAACCAAGUCCCCAGCUUUUAGCUCACCUCGAGGUGCAGUCAAUGAAUACAGGCAUAGACAUGAGCUGCAUUUCCAUGAGCGAGUCAUUCUCCAAUCUAAGCUCCCCAGGCAAAAAACGUCGAAGCUGGGACUUAGAAUCAGCCAAAGUGAAAUGGUCUUCAAUGGCCUUAGAACUCAACCAGAAGAAUGUAAUAAAUGCGGCAAAAGUAAAUGGCGUUAAUAAAACAAACGUCGCCAAACCCAUUCCAAAGAAAACUCAACAACCAUCACCACAGAGGUCUCGAUCUGUAGUGCAAGAGAAGACUCGGCGUCCUAACAUGCCCACAAAACCUAUCCCCAAAUCUGAACCUAUCCAAAAACAGCCUCCCAGAAAAUCCUUUAGCCCCGUAAGAAAUGUUCCCACCACGCGUGCAGUUCCCAUCAAGGAACCGGUAUCUACCAAAACGCCCAACUCGAGUCAAGAAUCUGUAGCUUCAAAACCGUCAACGAUACCUAUUUCCGAAUCCGAGGAUCCCGCCGCACGAGUUAGGGAGUUAUACGAGAAAAUACAAAAGCAGCAGCUAAUACAGAUGGCUAACCUGGUAGAGAAGCAGAAAAAAGAACAGCAACUUCUGCAGCAAGUGUUUGAGGAACAAAACAAUAUUUUGUACAAGCAGCUUAAAACAAUAUGCCCAAAGUCGCCAGUAGAAGCGAAAGAAGCCUGGGCCGACAAGAACAAUGACCGCGCCGACAGGGGGCCGGUCAGCUUGAGCCAGCUCAUCAACCACAAGACACCGGAGUCGAGUGGAUUUGACAGUCCAGUGUCGGUCACUUUGACCGAAACUAACAAUUACAUUAACCAUUGCGAUGACGUAUUGAAACGGAGCAAGGACAUAACUAGCAAUAUAAAGAAGCAGCAACCAAUAGCCAGGCCUCAGAACGGUGCUAAAACUUCGUCACCGAGAAUAAAAACUGAUGGCAGCAGAACUAGGACCCAUUCGCCUACUAGCAGGAACACUUCUAGACGGCUCAAUUACGACACGAGCGCUUCUUCCGAGCGUGACUUCGAGCCUUUGUUGACCGAUCGAACGAACGACACGAUGGCUGACCUGAACGUCACCUUCCCUUCCGACCACAGCGAGGACGGUCACUCCAUUCACAAUGGAACCGUGAUCAACAAAGAUAUUACCGUCGUCCACCGGGCGCCUCUGUCCGCCGGGUCGGGGCACCACAGCAGGACCCCCGACGUGACCCUGAGGAGCUUAGAGGAGCCCCUGCAGACUCCGAUGAGCAUUUGCCGCCGCCCCAUGAAGCAGUUCGUUUCCCAACCUACUGCUGAGCAGCGAGCGGCGGCUACCAAAAUAGUGGCUUUCGCGAAAGGCUUCCUGGUGCGCCGGCUGCUCCGCACGGACCGCGUGCAGGGCACGGUGCAGACCAUCCGCGACGCGCUGCUGUGCGCGCUGCAACUGCAUCAGGAGCGCGAGGGCAUCCGCGGCGCCGACGUAGGGCUCCAUCGCCGGCUCAUACAGCAGAUCACGGCGGCGUGCUACGCGCUUCACGACACGUUUAUAACGAGCACGCCGGCGGAGCGCUGCGCCAUGAUCGCCGCCGACCGCGGCCGCCGCCGCGCGCUCGCCGCCAGGCCUCCGCCGCCGAGGGCUCAUCGGCCCACAGACAUUUAGCGGCGAGAAGUGCAGCCGAGCGCGGUACCCGGCCAGCCCGCGGCGGCGGCCAUGGCGCUGACAGACGGCGCGCGCGCGCUGCC